GGUCGGUGGCACACCGGCAAUGCAUUGCAUCUGCAAACUCGGUGGCGCGCGCUCGUCUUCAGCUCGAGUGUUAGUAAGCUUAGCUCGUUUUCUUCAAUAUUUUUUUUUUUUUUUGCAAAUUAUUUGAUUCUUGCUUUGGCAUCCGAGAGCGUGUGAAGCUCGUGCAUGCGUAAUUGGUGUUUAUUAACCAAUUUAAAAAAGUUGCGGUUCUACCUCGAGGUUGUGCAAGAUUUAAUUUUAUUUUUGUUUCUGUGUGAAAAUUAAACGGCAGCUUAUAAAGGAUUCUGACGGGAAUCUAACAUCCUUCUGAAAGGAUUUGAUCGUAAAGUGAAAGGAUACGAUUACGAGAUAGGAUUACAUCCGCAAAGGUCAGACUAGAUUCUUGGCCAACUCGGAGUAGGUCAAUUAAGACAGGCAACAGUCAGCAGGCAGCAGGCAGCAGGCGGCAGGCCGCAGGUGUUGCAGUGGCAACAACAGCAACAUCAUCAACAAGUGGCAUCGUUUUGCGGUUAUUUUCGCAUCGUUCAUCGGCGGGCGGGUCUGGGCCGGGAACGGGAAAUCGGAAACAUGUUCUUCUUCUUUACUGGCCACCACCGAUCCCCCAAUACGAGUCCCGGCUGCCUCCACUGGCUACGACUGAUGGCCGUUGUCGGAGUGCUGCAUCUGCCGCAGUUUGUGUGUCAUGCUGGCUGGGCAACCAGAACGCCAGUCAACGCCAUCGACGCCUCCUCCUCAACCUCCUCCACCGCCACUGCCCCCUCCAAUUCUAUGCAAAUCCAUGCACUCCAAGUCAACUGCAGUCGGGAUCUCCUCGAGAUGCAGCUGGAACUGAGCCGUCCAUUUCGGGGCCUGCUCUAUGCCAAGGAUUUUCCGCUCGAAUGCCGCACUCGCGGUCUGGACUCCACCCACCUGAACCUCCGUAUCCCCACCUCCGGCUGUGGGGUUCGAGCCGAGCCCUUGGAUGAUGGUAGUAUGGAGUACUCGGUCCGGGUAAUGCUCCAAAUGGAGCAGAAACUGCGUCAGAGCACCGACAUCCUCAGUUCCGUGAGAUGUCAGCUGCCGGCCACCGAAAUGGGCAUGUCGCUGCCCUCCUGGCGAGCGGAAAAUGGACGCGAAAGAAAUGCAAGAAUGCGGGCCUUGGCCGCCGCCACAGGUGGUGCCCCAGCUCCUGCCCAACAUAUGGAGACGCCACGUGUCAGGAUAUGGCUAGAACUGGGCGGUCCUAAUGGCACCGGCUCCGUUGAGGUUGGCGUGGCCACCACCCUGACCGUGCGCGCCAUCGUUCCGGGCACGAUCGGAGUGCGGGUGGUGGACUGCGCCGCCCUGGACGGACUGGGAGAGUCCUCGCAGCAGCUUCUCGACGCCCGGGGCUGUCCCAUUGACGAGCAGGUAAUGCCCGCCCUUCACACCCACCACCGGCCGGCGGAGGAGGGCUGGUCAAAGCAGCUGGAGGAAGACCUGGUCGAGCGGACGUUCGCCGCCACAUUUCCCGCCUUCAAGUUCCCGGAUCGAGAGCGGCUCCACGUCAGCUGUGGCGUGCAGCUCUGCAAGGGGAAGUGCCCGUCGCUUAAUUGCCGACAGAAGAGUCCGGGACAGGCGCCGCCAUCCCUCAGUGCGGAUCAGCACCUGGCACGGAUCGAGGUCUUCAAUUCGCUGGCCGUGACAGCUCCCCAGAUCGAGGUGGACCGUCUCCGGUACGACAGGCGCCACAACAUGAGCCACGGAGAUGAUUAUCCAGCGAAUCUGCGUGGACAAGUCCUACCGGGCGAGGGCACCCUCUGCCUCUCCAUCUCUAAGCUGGCCAUUUCCUUCUGUGUCCUGGGACUGAUCUUCCUGGUGGCCGUGGUGGUAGCUAUUUUCUCGCUGAUACGGGCACGUCGACGAGAGCGGCGCCACGGCAGUGGACUGAGGUUGGGCCUUGGACUGGGACUUGGAAUCGCGGGAACGACGAGCACGUCGAACAGCAGUAGCCGGUUGCACCGGGAUCGGGCCGACAUCUGCACCUCCAUGUUCUCCUCGAGUAGCGAGUCGGCACAGUCGCAGACCCGGUUCGGCGGCAAGUUCCUGAUGCCCUACUACCCCAAUACCCUGCCCUACGGACGGGUCUAUUAGCCCGAGAUCCCAAACGAGGAAGGGGCCUCCCAGAAGAGACUGACGAACGUUCGUCUAACGAGCGUUCGUGUGGUACCAAAAUAAGGUCUAACUUAACUAUUCCUAACUAUAAAUGUUUGCCCGAAAGGAUCUUGAAAUCGUUUUGUUUGCCGCCCAAAAUGUGUUUUAAUAUCUUUUCGGUUUAGUUUUUAAGUCGCAACUGAACAAAACGAAAUAAUCAACGAAUUCAAAACUACAUAAUUAAAUAUACCACCUAAGAUAUAUGUUUUUUUGUUUACUACUUUAAAUAAAAAUAUAUU